UCAGCGCAGAGAGGAGUAGAAGGAGUGAUUGAGGAAAACGCCGAAUUCUUGGACUUUAUGGAUCCUGCGGGGGUGAUUCAGACUCGGUGCAGAGUUUAGGGAGAGUCGUUUGUUUGUUUGUUUUUUUCUUGUUAUGUUUUUCUCCAAACUGACCGUCAGCGAGUCACGACUGACUCAUAAAAACACACCCGAUAUAUAUCUAUUAUAUUUUCAAUAGUUUGUUUGUGUUUUGUCUUCAGAUUAUGGAGUCUGCAGAUGGUCAGCGGGGGCGGGACGGCAGUGGCAGCAGGUGGAAAGGUUCCCCUCUUGAUGUGAUCAUGAGUCAGAUCCGCAGGAAGCGCACCGCCACAGACAGGAAGCCGUUAGGACGCUUCCUGUCGUGGACCUCGGACCGGCCGGGGAUCCCCGAGGACGGAGAAUCGGAGAUGAAAGAGGACAGAGGACCGAACUCAGGCUUUGCAGCGUCAGCAGAGAGUGAGCGGGACGUCGGCUGGGGUCGAGUGUGUGUUUUCCUGAAGAGACUCGGGAAGAAAGCCGACAGCAGGAGCCUCAGUUUGGCUCACUGUGAUCUGACGGCUACAGACCUGCUGGAGCUUGCAACGUUGCUGCAGUUCCUCCCCCAGGUGGAAGAGAUGGACAUCUCCUGGAACGAGUUGAUCGGUGGAUCCCUGACGGCUCUGACGUCUCAUCUGCAACACGUGGGCGAGGUCAGGACGCUGAGGCUCUGCAGCUGCAGGCUAAAUAGCGAAGACGUCGUUGCUCUUGGUGAAGCUCUCAGCUACAUCCCUGCUCUGGAAGUUCUUGAUUUGUCCUGGAACAGCGGCGUUGGGGGCGGUGGUCUGCAAGGCCUGCUGGGGAACCUUCACCCAUCACUGAGGGAGCUCCACCUGGUGGCCUGUCAGCUCACUGUGGCCGAUGCUACAGUGCUGGGUAGUAACUUCAAAUCUAUGGAGCACAUUUCGAGUGGUUCACUCCGUUGCCUCCCCUCUGUGGGAGAGCUGGACCUGUCCUGUAACAAACUUCUAGCUGGUGGACUGAGCCGCCUCACCUUUCACCUGGCUCACGUCACACACCUGGAGAGACUCGACCUCCACCUGUGUUGCCUCACGCGAGAUGAUCUAGAGGCUCUGAUCCAGGUGCUGCCCUCUCUCACUGCACUGACGGAGCUUGAUGUGUCAUCCAAUAAGGAAGUGGGAGGCGUGGUCCACUCGCUGGUCUCCGCCCUCCCUGUGACACAAAUGAGGCGGCUGCCAUUCAACAGCUGCUACCUGAGCAACGAGUCCUUCACUGCUCUGGCCCUGGCGGUGCCCUAUCUGCGCACGGUGGAUAUUUCCUGGUGUAAAGUGGUUGGCGGUCACUUGGCGCUCCUGCUGGAUGCUCUGCAGCCAUCAGUCGUCAGCGAGCUCCAUCUUUGCAGCUGCGAGCUCACUACUGAUGACAUGCAACAUCUGGCUGCCGUGUGCAGACGGGGCUGUCUCUCCUCACUCCGUGCACUGGAUCUGUCCUACAACAGCUCGGUGGGAGACAACGGUUGGUGCAGUCUGUUUGCAGCAGGAGGUCUGGGCUCUCUGGAAGACGUGGAUGUCAGUUUGCGACCUUCAACCUCUGCUCCGUGCUCAGCCUGGCUGCCCGCUCUGCUCCGAGCUCUGCCUCAAAUGCCGGCGCUGGCUCGACUGGCCGUGCAGAGGUGGACAGCUGACUGUCAGGAGGGAGAGCAGCUGAGGUACUGUCUGAAGAAGAGGAGCGUCCUGCUGGAAUGGGAUCCAGAUUUACAAGACACAUCAUCAGCAUGUAAAGGGAACAGUCAGGAGAGCCUAGAAGAGAGUCAGCCUGAGGAGUAGGGAGCAGAAAGCCUGAGUUAUCUGAUCUCAAAUUAAAAAUCAUCACAGAGAGAUUUCAAAAGAGCACUAGGGAAGAAAAACGCAAUCAGGUCUGAAAAACCUUCUGAUUACAAGUAAAUUUGUCCAAACAUUUGUACAAUGUGACCAGCUGGGACGGGUCCUCCGGGACUGACCUUGAGUUUUACAAUGUUGAAUUCUUUGUUAGGUGUUUACGGUAUCGUUUAAUACUCUUCUUUUAUUCUUGAGCAUGUUUGGAGUCUUUAUUCCGUGGGGUUUAUCCCUGUGUCUGUUUCCCUGUUGAGUUCGAUAUUCACACCGGAUAUGUCCCAUUUUAUUUUGGCGGUCAACUGUCAGAAACAUUUCAUGUUUAGUUUUACGUCCCUCUCCUCUCUCAUUGUCAUUGAUCACCUGUUUUGUUGGCUUUCUGUGUUUAAAUGGUGGUGUCUUCUGUUUAUGAAGGACAGUGGAAUUAAUUUGCUUUUUAAUCUCAUGAACUUUAU